AAAAACUAAAAAAGUACUGUUUUCUUCACUGUUAAAGUUUGAAUUGAAGAAAUCGUUUACGUUCAUUUAGAUAAGCGUAAACUAGAUAAGGCCGUUGCUCAAUCGCUAAGUAUGUAAAUACAGUAGUAUCCAAUUAAGUGCGGUCAGCAAUGAACGAAGAAACGAUAGGAAUCGAAUCGAUUAUAGCAGAAGUCGGAAACGAUGGCAAAUACCAGCGACGUUUCAGCUUCCUAUUCAACUUCCUCCUCGCCCUUUUGGCCUCCAUGCCCAACCAGAACUUCAUCAAUGCUUUAGCAAUACCCGAUCAUUGGUGUUUCGUGCCAGGAAGAGAGUUUACGAAUUACAGUUUAAAUGAGUGGAAGCAUUUGCAUCUACCAAAAGAGAUAGAUAGUGCGGGAAUUCUUGGCUUUAGCAAAUGCAACAUGUACAACGGAAGCUACCACAUUCAAAAUGUUGAAAUUAUAAAGUGCCAAUACGGUUGGGAAUAUGAUAAAACUUGGUACGAGAUGACGAUUCCAAUGCAAGAAUCGUGGGUCUGCGAUGAUGGUUUGCAGGUGACCAACACCUUCAUGUUUUCGAAGUUGGGAGAAGUCGUGGGUACAUUCAUAUUUGGACAAUUAGCGGAUUCUAUUGGAAGAAGACCUGUGUUUUUCAUGUCCGUCGUAAUAGUAGUGUUUGGAAGGAUGCUCCUAAUCUUCACAUCCUACUCCGCCACUUUGUUCUUCUUAGCCAUGUGCAUUGGAAGUUCCACAUCAAGUACUGUACUUUUCUCAACAUACGUGACUUCAAUGGAAAUUUCCAAAAGAGAUUCUAGAGCACGUAUAGCUAUGAUCCAUUGCAUCGGCGGAACGUUAGGAUUUUGCGUUCUACCAUUGAUCAUGUGGUUGUUAAAUGAUUGGAGAUACUUCAUGGCCGCAACAACUCUACCUUGCUUACUAUACGUAUUCAGCGGAAAAUUCUUAAUCGAAUCUCCUCGCUGGUUGAUCAGCAAAGGCAAUAUAAAAAAGUGCGUUAAGGAAUUAAAUAAAAUUGCGAAAGUUAACGGAACUGAAUUACCAGAAGAUGCUUCUUACUUGUUAACUAAGGUAACAGGAGACGAGGAGAAGGUUUAUGGAAUGUUCGGUUUAUUCUCUAGCUGGAGAUUAACCAAAAACACUUUACUUAUAAUCUCAGGAUGGUCCACGACUUCCCUUAUUUAUUACACGCUGACAUUCAACGUGACUAAUUUAGAAGGCAAUCCUUUCUUGAACUUCUUCUGGCAAGGAAUGGCCGAAUUCCCGGCUUUGUUCAUUGGAAAAUACGCAAGUGAUCGUUACGGAAGACGUUGGACUAACAUGGCUUCCUUUUUGGCAACCAUCAUCGGGUGCAUUCCAAUACUUUUCAUAAUCCACGAUGAAUCACAGCAAUUAACAGUGGCUGCAUUCUGCGUUUUCUUGAAGUUCUGCAACGCAUUCGCCUAUUACAUAGUGAAUUUACAGGCGAUGGAAAUUUACCCAACGUGCGUUCGUCAAACUGGAAUGUCGCUUGGCGGAAUUGUAGCUAACGCUGUUGGAGUGUUUGGUCCUUACGUAGUAUUCCUGGGAAUCGAAAUCGACGCUUCUUAUCCGUAUAUUUUAUCGGUAAUUUUAGGGGCUGUAGGUGUUUUCAGUGGAUUUUUCUUACCAGAAACGCUGAAUCAAAGUCUUCCUGAGACGUUGUCCGAAGCCGCCGUUUUUGGAGCGAAUCAGAAUUACUGUGGUAAAGAGAAGAAGCAAGAACCAAUCGAUGAAUUUGAAAUGACCGAAAAAUAAUAAUUUAACUA